AUGGCAAUGGCAUCCUUUCUCAUCUCUCUCUCCAAAACCCUUAAACCCUCCCCUGCGAAAUCCCCACUCCUCAACCACAUUGCCAACCCAUCCAAAACCCACCUCAAACUCCCCCUCAAUCUCAAACCCCCACCUCUCACUCUCCUCUUCAACACCAACAUCGCCAAACCCCACAAAACCCCAUUCAAACCCCAAGCCACCCAAAUCAAAUCCCUUUUCACGGGCAUUGUGGAAGAAAUGGGCGAGAUCAAGCACCUGGGUUUCACCAAAGACGAUUGUUUCAACAUGAAAAUUCAAGCCAAAACCGUUCUCGAAGACGUCCACCUCGGCGACAGCAUUGCCGUAAACGGAACUUGCUUAACAGUCGCAGAAUUUGACUCCAAAUUUUCUGAAUUUACCGUUGGUUUAUCCCCAGAAACUUUGAGAAAAACCUCGUUGAUUUAA